CUGGGCCAACCGAACAGGUUCUAGUGUUCUACUAUGGUCGAUAAUAGAGUUUGGGAAGACAGGAAAACAUAUAGAAAACGCGAAUGUAGAGUAGAUGAUAGCAAGGAGACGGGUUUCUUCCUUCUCCACCGCAACAGCCUCCAACAUUGGGAAUCUGCUCGUCGUCGCUUCCAUCGCCAAAGCUUUAGCGAAGCCCGGAGGAUCGCAGAACCUCGACGGAAAUGGAAGUGACUCCGCCGCCGUUCCCCUUUCCGAAGACGUCGUCCUCCAAGUCCUCCGCCGCAACUCCCUCGACGUCUCCAAGAGGCUGGAUUUCUUCCGAUGGUGCUCUCUCCGCCCCGACUUCAGACACUCCGCCGCCACCUACUCCCAGAUUUUCAAAACCGUUUGCGGUUGCCGCGGCUACCACGGCGACAUCUUCGGGCUGCUGGACUCCAUGAGCCACGACGGCGCGAACCUCGAUUCCGCCACUUUCAAGCUGCUCCUCGACUCCUUCAUACGGGUCGGUAAGUUCGAUACCGCGCUCGAGAUUUUGGAGUUUGUAGGAAGCAAGUUUUCCGAUGACAUUGUUCGCAAUUGCUUGAGCAAUGAUGUGUAUAACUCCGUUCUGAUUGCCCUAGUCCAUAAGAAUCAGGUGAAAAUGGCCUUAUCCAUAUUCCUGAAACUGUUGGAAUCCAGUAACAGUAAUGAUGAUAAUACGAAUGGUGAAUUCGUAGAAGAUGCCCUAGCCUGUAAUGAGUUGCUGGUUGGCCUCAAGAGGGCUGAAAUGAGAGCUCAAUUCAAGCAAGUCUUUGAUAAGCUCAGAGAAAGGAAGAAUCCUUUCCCAUUAGACAGAUGGGGUUAUAAUAUCUGCAUUCACACUUUUGGGCUAUGGGGAAAUUUGGCCACUUCCCUUAUGCUGUUCAAAGAAAUGAAGGAGAGGGGUAAUGCCUUUACCCCUGAUCUCUGCACUUAUAACAGCCUAAUUCAAGUCCUCUGCGUGCUCGGGAAGGUGAAGGAUGCUCUCGUUGUCUGGGAGGAAAUGAAGGGUUCCUCAGGUCUUGAACCCGAUUACUUUACUUACCGCAUUCUCAUCCAGGGAUGCUCGAGAUCAUACCGAGUAAAUGAUGCCAUGAAAAUAUUCAGUGAGAUGCAGUAUAAUGGGUUGUGUCCUGAUACCAUUGUUUAUAACUCCCUCUUGAAUGGAUUGCUAAAGGCUAGGAAGUUAACAGAUGCAUGCAAUCUGUUUGAGAAAAUGAUUGAAGAUGAUGGUGUUAGGGCUAGUUGUUGGACAUAUAAUAUUCUCAUCGAUGGCCUGUUUAAGAAUGGAAGGGCUGUGGCUGCUUAUACAUUGUUCUGUGAUUUGAAGAAGAAGAGUAAUAGUUUCGUGGAUGGGAUUAGUUACAGCAUUGUUGUUUUGCAUCUCUGCAGGGAAGGCGGGCUUGACAAAGCAAUGGAGUUGGUGGAAGAGAUGGAAGCCAGAGGCUUUGCUGUUGAUUUGGUUACUAUAACUUCACUCUUGAUUACGAUUUAUCGGGAAGGACGCUGGGACUGGAUGGAGAGGCUUAUGAAGCAUAUUAGGGACAAGAAUUUAGUUCCUAUUGUUCUAAGGUGGAGAAAAUCUAUGGAGGCUAUGCUGGAAGUUCGACAGAGUAAGGAAAAGGAUUUUAUGGCAAUGUUUCCAUAUAGCGGUGACUUCACAGAUAUUUUAAGAGUUGGAGAUUCAGUAGAGACAGAGGCUUACACCAGCCUCUGUGAUGAUGAAACUGAUCCUUGGUCAUCAUCCCCAUACAUGGAUCUGCUCGCUAGUCAAGCGAGCUCUGGCAAUUUCUCUCCACAUAUGUUUACACUUUCCAGAGGGAAACGUGUGGAUGGUAAGGAUGCAGAUUCAUUUGAUAUGGACAUGGUCAAUACCUUCUUGUCAAUAUUCCUGGCUAAGGGGAAAUUGAGCUUAGCCUGCAAGUUAUUUGAGAUUUUCACAAACACUGGUGCUGAUCCUGUAAGCUACACAUAUAAUUCUAUGAUGAGUUCGUUUGUCAAGAAGGGAUACUUCAAUGAGGCAUGGGGAGUUCUGCGUGAAAUGGGUGAUAAAGUUUGCCCUGCAGAUAUAGCAACAUAUAAUGUGAUUAUUCAAGGCCUAGGAAAGAUGGGAAGGGCAGAUCUGGCCAGUGCUGUCCUUGAUAGACUAAUGAAGCAGGGUGGUUACCUUGAUAUUGUGAUGUAUAACACCUUGAUUAAUACACUAGGCAAAGCAGGGAGGAUUGAGGAAGCAAACAAGCUUUUUCAACAGAUGAAAAGCACUGGGAUAAAUCCUGAUGUUGUCACUUACAAUACACUUAUUGAGGUUCACAGCAAGGCAGGGCGACUUAAAGAAGCUUACAAGUUUUUAAAGAUUAUGUUGGAUGCUGGGUGUGUCCCAAACAAUGUAACUGACACAAUUCUAGACUUCCUUGAGAAGGAGAUUGAAAAGGUACGAUACCAAAAGGCCUCGAUUAAAGGCCCUAAUGUAGAUGCUUCCUUGUGAGUAGCCAAAGACAAUUUGAGGCUGCUAAUUUAUUUCUAUUCAGUAUUUCAGUGUUUAAAUCUCCUAAUUGAACGUACAACUGGCUUUAGAUA